AACACAAGAAGACAUUUUGUUUGAACAGGUUCACGUCCGCAUGCCUGCAGUAGAAUAUUAUUCCAUUCCAUUAUUGUAUUGAUUUUUCUUUAAUGAUGUCAUUUUAACAGGUUUCACCGAUAGAACACCUACCGUAUAAUAGCAUUGUAUUGUGUUAUUUCUCUGUUUGGUCACAAGAAGACGGAAAAAAAACAAUGAAAGUGUUUCCAGCCUACAGUCACAACCGGGUUUGUGAAGUGAUGUCAUUCAGGAAGAGAGUUGGAAAGGGACUGCCAGGCUCCUGGAGGAAACAUCGUGGAGUAAAAGAAGAAGUGACGUUAUGACGUGAAUAUGGCUGACAAAGGCCCUUUUUUAACAUCGUGUAUCAUCUUCUACUUGUCCAUCGGGGCGGCAAUAUUCCAAAUUCUUGAAGAGCCCAACUGGGAAUUAGCCAGGAGCAAGUAUCUCCUUCAAAAAGAACAUGUUUUGAAGAAGUACCCUUGUUUAAGAAAAGAAGAUCUGGACGAGAUUUUGCAGGUAGUGUCCGAGGCUGCGGGCCAAGGUGUGUCCAUCACAGGGGGCAAACAUCACCACAUGUGGGAUUGGGGCAACUCCGUCAUAUUUGCUGCAACUAUUGUCACGACAAUAGGCUACGGUAAUGUCGCUCCAAAGACUAAAGGAGGUCGUGUGUUCUGCAUCCUGUACGGUCUUUGUGGGAUCCCACUGUGUCUGGUAUGGAUAAGCACGCUGGGUUCAUUCUUCGGAGACCGGGCCAAACGCCUUUCCCAGGUUCUGAUCCGUAGAGACGUGCCUGUGAAACGUGUUCAGCUUAUCUGCACAGCUCUGUUCCUCUUAUGGGGGCUCUUUGUGCACCUGGUGAUUCCUCCGCUGGUUUUCAUGUCCAUGGAAGGAUGGAGCUACUUGGAAGGCCUCUACUUUUCGUUCAUAACCCUCACAACUGUUGGAUUCGGAGAUUAUGUAGCAGGUGUGAAUCCAAAUAUAGAAUACCCAAGGCUGUACAGAGUGCUUGCUGAGAUAUGGAUCUACAUGGGCCUGGCGUGGCUCUCUCUCUUCUUCAGCUGGAAUGUCAACAUGGUCGUGGAGGCUCACAAGGUGUUCAAGAAAAGACGAAUCGAACGCAAACGCAAACACAGCGAGACGGACAGACCGACCAUGAUUGACAUAUUCAAGUUCUUAGAAAAAGAGGAAGACUACAGCACAGUCAUCAAGGAGAUCGGAAUGACAGCAAAGAAAGUCAAAGCGGUCGAUGUAUUCAAUCGCUCCAAGAGCUGCAGCGACAUCUUGACCACCAACAUCGAGACGCUGGACCACUCACCACGGCACAGAGUCCUGUUGAGCAUCAGUGAAGUGUUUAUGAACUCAACGGGUGACAAAGAGAAACAAGGCCAGCCUCUUCUCCAAGAGAACUCAAUGACGACAGAAGCAACAGACUGCGUGAGAAGCGAUGAUACACACAAUGAAGUCAGCGACACGAGUGAUUCAGCAUCCGAUGGCAUUGAAUUUACCGUACCAGCCUCAGGAAGCACAGAGGAAGAAACUUCACAUCUCAGUGAGAGUGGGACUCGGUUUACAAUUUUUAAAGUAGUAGAGGAAGAUUUGUUUAAGGAUGAAAAGGGGUAGUCGAGUUUGUUUGUUUUUUUGAAGGGAACGCAUAUUCACAAAAAGUUCGAGAUUUUCGGCGGAAGUUUUAGGACGACCCUAAAAUGUACUACAGUAGAUCCCCGCAUUCGUUUAAAAAAAAUCUGAGUAAUCGAGACGCUCAUAAAAAUGUCUAUUUGUCAUACACGGCUCCUGCGAGCUUGUUGUUGACGAUCUCCUCCGAUUUCGCUCAACAUUUGCAAUAAAAACGAUCGUUAGAUUCGUUUCAGCUCCAGAACCCUCCCCUUCUCUUUUCCAUUGCAGUGCGAAGUCCCUUAAAUAAUGACACAUCUCUUUCAAGCACAGAUGAGUAAACAGAACUAUUUGUCACAUGGGUGCAAUGAAAACGCCGUGUCAUCUUGGAAAAGUAAACAAAUCGUGGUUUCAACACUCCAGAUAUGUAAAAAAGGUGCAACAUUUCAAAGUAAACGAGUAACAAAGCAAAAAAGUUACCAGGCUAACCUCUGUUGCUGGUCAAAUUUUGCGUCCUUGUAAAAACCAAAGGCGUUCCAAACGUUAGUUGUUUUUUUUGUUUUUUUUACUUAUGUGUUGAAAAUCUGCUACUAUUUCCAUCCCAUUCUAGUCUUCAGCCAUGGCAAGCUAUGGAGCAUGCGCGACAAUCCUUUUGCCGGCAACCCAGGCUCUCGCGUUGUUUAAAAGACACCCUGUCAACCGAUUGCUUCUCUCGCGAUACCUGGUGCAUGUCCCCACAACUGAUUAAACUAAAGAUUUAUGGCUGAUUCUUAUUGAUACAGGAGCCUACUACCAGCGCAGCUGAAUGGUUCGCUCGUCAAAUUGGAUAUCCAGUCGCAUCAGUUUAUCGUUCACAACCCGAGACGCAGUCCAGGUUUCGGCCCUAAAUAUGCCUCACGCACUUAUUAAACACACUUAACGUAUGCAAUGCGGAGGUACUCACCACUCUUGAAUGAUAAUGGAAGAUGAUCAAUGAACAGAUGGAAUCAUGGUGUGGCCAGUCACAGUAUACAAUUAUGUUGCGUUCAACGACCACACCAAAGUGCAAAAUAUCAACACUUGAUGAAAAUACAUCAGUUCAGCAUAAAGACAUAAACAUGUAAAAAUGGCUGGCUUUCUAACCGUGGUACGUGUAUGUUGUACACUUUAUCUGUAUUAUCUUGUAUUUUUUAAUUAUUACCGGCUAUGGUGAAUGAGAUGUUGUUUUUGGAGCAAAAAUUUGUGCAUUUGCAGAGCCAUGAAUGCUGAAUAGUGAAUAUAAACGAGGAACUGCUGGAUAACCUUAACAAGUGAAUUUAUUUUGACUAAAAUUAUCUAAACUGUUGAAUCUCCAAUUCUUCCAACAUUUCAGUAGGUUGUGUACAACUUUCUCUUCUCAUACAAGGAGCUGCACAGCAAAAUUCACAACAGAUGUGUGAUCCAUGAAUGGACCAAUAAAUGUCCUAUAAACAGUCCUCUUCAUGAUGCCGUUCACAUUUUGACAUUGUGAGACCAAGACGACACCUAACAAGUGAUCAGCAGUACCUCACCAAUGCAAGACGUCCAACUGGAUGUUGUCAGAGGGAAGUGGCCACCGAGCUUAGACUGUCAGUCAUCAGCGGGUUGCAAUGGCGAUACAGAGAGACUAAAAGAGAAACGUGUUGGUCGAUUUCAUCGAUCACACACCAGUUGUAAAUUUUGCCCUUCAGUUCCUUGUUAGAGAACAGCAAGUUGAACAAAAAGUACUGAAACAUUGAACAGUUGGACAUGCGCAGUCAAAUUAAGUUCACCUGGAAAGAGUCUAGUGCUUUUUAGGUUCAUCCUGAAAUUUUACCCGAAGCCCAAUAUCCCUAACUUUUUGUGAGUGGUAAAAUCAUGACCUACCUAUUCUGCACAUUUUUGAGAAAUAUAUAUAAGACUGGUACAUCUACUUCAGGGGUGUCCACACUGUUUCCUCACAGGACUGCAUACCAAAAAGGAUGUGAGGGCCAUUUUGAUAUUUCAGAUUUUGUUAACAUGCUAAAACCAAACCAGACAUUACAUAAAGUGUAUCGAGGGCCGCACACAGAAAAAUCUAGAAUUGCAAAGGGCCAGUUUGAUACGUUUUGUACAUUGAUACUAUAUAAUAAUAUUCUAAUUAAUAAUGAAUACAUUUUAUUUUUACAAUAUGCAAAGAGCCCCCUAAAAAAAUCUGAAUCACAAAAAUGGCCCCCGGACUCCACUUUGGACACCCCUGAUCUACUUGAACUGAAGAUAUGUCUGGGAAGACGUCUGAGUGUGUCUGUGGGAAUUUCUAUCUAUUCAUCCAUCUGAUGUUCUAGCCCAGUGGUUCCUCCCCUUAGGACUUUUUGCUGAAGUUUCUUGUCCGAUCAGAAAAAAUAAUCACGUCACACACUUACAUUAAAGACAUUACACAGGCUG